AUGUCACCGCUAGCGGGAAAACGCGAACAAGCCGCCCGAGAGCCCGUUUUCGCUGGAGAAGGCCCAAAAUUCAAAGAUGUACGCGAAGGCGGUCAGUGCGAACCUCUCUUCGAGGCCGUUUCAGACGAGCAAGAACAGAUCGUUGCCGACCUCUUGGCCGCCGGCGCUUGCCCGAACGCGCGAUUCGGCGGGGAAGAAGGAUACGCUCCCCUCCAUGUCGCGUCUUCUAGAGGGCACGUAGGCAUUCUCACCACGCUUUUAUCCUUCGGGGCACACAGGGACGCUGUCGAUAACCGCGGGGCCCGACCGCUCCAUCACGCGAUCGCCGAAGACAGAGUCGCUGCCACGGAGGCUCUCCUGGUCGCCGGCGCGCUAGGCGCCACCCCAGAAGACAGUUCGAGCUUCAGACCACUCGUUCUUGCCGCAUGCAAAGGGAGCAUAGACAUCAUCAACGUUUUACUAAAGCACGGGGUGGACGUUAACUCGCGUGACGACGUGGUGGGUGCAACCGCUCUCCACGCCGCCGCUAACUGCGCUUCGGGAGCAUCGGCCGUCCACGCCCUCGUCGAUGCUGGUGCCGAGAUAAACGUGCAGCGUAAGGACGGGGGUUCGCCUCUCCACUACGCGGCGGCUUCCAGGGCCUCCUCCUCCCCCUCCAGCCCCUUUGAAACCAUCCUCGCCCUCCUUCAGCGCGGGGCGAGCGUCAACCAAGUCCACAGCGGCACCGCCCAAACCCCUCUGCUCCUGGCGUGUCAGCAUCGGCCGAGAGGGUUGGGUUCAGUCGUCGACCUUCUCUUACGAUGGGGGGGCGACGAUACGGUCGUUGGCGGCGACGGACGGACGGCCUCCGAACUCCUUGAGCUUGACCAGCAUCACCACGCCACCGAGACCGAGCAUCACCAGUGUCACCUGGAGCAAGACGACGAAAUCGGACGGGCGCGCACCCUCUUGUCGCGGGCCAAGGAGGACCGGGCGUGGCGACGACGCUGCUUGCCGGUGAUGCUUCGAGCGCACCAGCAGAGGGUCUGCACAGCGCCGAGUGGUGACAUCGAAGCGAGACGCCGUGGCGGCCGAGACCACGGAGAUCUCGAGGCUGGACAGAUGGAAGGAUCAAAAAGGAUUGAUAUCGGCGGGGCACCAGGGGCGGCGAACGAGAUCGAGGAGAGCAACGGAACUGCCACCGCGGACCUUGUCGACAACUCUGGCGUGGAAGGAGAGUCCCAGAGUCUUGCCUGCGUUGGUGGAAGUGAUAGGUUGGACGAAAAGGACCGCUGGACGAGGGUGGUGGACAAGCUCGUGCGACUAACGGUAGAGGACGUCUUUCGCACCAUCGUGGGGUUCAUUUGA